AUUUUUUGGUCCCUCUCCUGACAAUGACAAUGGGCUGCCGACACUUAUUUUAGUUAUUUACAAACCAACUUCCCCUCAUUACUCAUUAGCCCUUUUCUUUUGUGGUCACUUUUUUUCUUUCUAAAUAUUUUUUUUUAGCUUUAAACCAAAGCUGUGUGCAAUCUUGGCCGUUUAUAUAUGUGACUGAUAUUAUACAGUAAAUGGAUCCACUACAAAGCCAAACCAGCUCAUGCACUACUUAUCAUUUCUGAUUCAUAUAAUUCUAAAGUGACCUCAAUCUCCCUACAUUUUAAUGAUGAUGACUUACACACAGUCACACACUGUAGAAGGAGCCUAGUUCCUGCUGAUUCUGAUUCAUAUGUUUUUGUUUUUUUUAUUUUUUCUAGCUUUCACUAUAUGGGCUUCAGCUUGUUUUGACUCUAGUAUGAUGUUGAUAAAGAUGAUGAUGAUGAUGCCAUUAUCAACCGAAUUGUACUAAAUUCCAAAACUUUGCCGAACUUCUUCUUCACCUUCAUCUUCUUCAAUUGAGAACCAGUUUGAUAAAUUUUUUUUUGAUAAUUUUUAUCAUCCCCUGUUUUUACCAAGAUGUUGCACGCGAAAUCAGAGUCUGAUAUUACUAGUUUAGCUCCAUCCUCCCCUUCAAGAUCACCAAAAAGGCCAGUUUAUUUCGUGCAGAGCCCUUCAAGGGAUUCACACGAUGGGGAUAAGUCCACAUCCAUGCAGCCAACUCCUGGUUUCAAUUCUCCGAUGGAGUCACCUUCACAUCCUUCCUAUGGCCGCCACUCCAGGAAUUCUUCGGCCAGCCGUUUUUCUGGGAUUUUUAGGUCUUCUUCCGGGAGGAAAAAUGGCAGGAAGAGGAUGAAUGAUAAGGGGUGGCCUGAAUGUAAUGUGAUUCUUGAAGAAGGGAAGUAUGAUGAAUUUGAUGAUGACAAAAACUUUACCAGAAGGUGCCAGAUUUUGAUGGCUUUUUGUGGAUUUGUCUUUCUGUUUACUGUCUUCUGCCUGAUUAUUUGGGGCGCUGGACGGAAUUACCGAGCAGAAGUUACCAUAAGGAGCCUUGCAGUUCAUAACAUCUAUAUGGGAUCUGGCGCCGACUUCACUGGUGUUCCAACCAAGAUGUUAUCUGUGAAUGGCACAUUGAGGAUGAAUGUGUACAACCCUGCUACCUUUUAUGGUAUUCAUGUCAGCGCUUCACCUGUCAAUCUCGUCUAUUCCGACAUUGUUGUUGCAACUGCUCAGGUAAUGCAUUCUGCCAAAGUUCCCUGUCUCAUCUUCCUUUAUUUUACCUUUUUUCCCCAAUAAAAAGUAGAAUUGUUAAUAUAAGAAUGAACAGGAGUGUGUUGGCAUGUAUGUAAUAUUCUAAGCUGUUAACAAUAGCCUCCAUGGAACUCUCUAGACUAGUGCUCGCACCUCAAUGCAGGCCAUCAAACUCUUCAAGGUUGAUUUGACUCUAAAACUGUAGUUUCAAUUUGCCAUCCACAAAUGCUGCCCAUCAAGACUCUUUGAGGUUGAUUUGACUUUAAAACUAUAGUUUCGAUUUGCCAUCCACGAAUACCGGUUCUUAGAAUCUGGGCUGAGUUUUUAUUUUAGUUAAUUUAAAAAUCAGUCAGUCUUAUACCUUCUGGCCAUUUCCAUGCAUCAUUCCAAAGUAUAAUCUCAGAUACGAUUGACUUCUUCGUACAGCCAAAACAUAAUAAUUUUAGUGCAGGGCAAUGUUGAGGUCCAGAUAGAUGAUACCGAGGCAUAAAGUUGUAGUUUCCAAACCCCCAACCGCUGAAACUGGUUUUAUUGAUCAUUAGACAUACUUUGAUAUAGACAUUGUUUGAAAACUACGACUUCUUCUAUUCACAUUUGAGCAAUCAUCGUCUUCCUGCAUUUGCGCCCAUUAGCUGAGGCUAGACUAAAUGACUCUAGGAAUGCUGAUCAUGACAUGUUGUAAGCAGAUAAAUUAGCAGAAGUGCACGAUUGUGUCCAGUUAUUUAGUUAUUGAUGAUUUGCUAUUGAACCCUGCUCAGAAUGGUAGAUAAAAAUGGUUGAGAAAUCAAAUCUUAUCUCAUUACUGACAACCUUAUGCAUCUUAACUAUCUAUUUUUCUGCAUUUCUAGCAGUCUCCACCUUUAGAUUCCAGUAAUUAGUCUGAGUCAUUUUCGAACUUGAAUGCAGCUGAAGAAAUACUACCAGCCCAGAAAAAGUCAUCGAGCAGUGUCAGUAACCAUUGAAGGCACCAAGGUUCCCAUAUACGGAGCUGGACCGAAUUUCGUACCAUCCCCUAAUGGCGUUCAGAUUCCGUUGACAUUAGAUUUCGAAAUCCGAUCACGAGGGGAUGUUGUUGGUAAACUGGUGAGGACAAAGCAUCGACGGCACAUUUCUUGCUCCUUGAUCAUAGACUCCAGUAGCAACAAACCAAUCAUGUUCCGGAAAGAUAACUGCACCUACAGCUGAUUGGGAAGGAAAUAUUGUGGGUGAUGGCUUCUUCAAUUCCGGGUUUAUCUUGAUUCUAGAUCUCUAUAUUUGGUAGGGGGAGAAUUUUUCAGUGUUGAGAAUGUAAUAAUGACAUUAUUAAUAUAUAUGCUUUACAGUACAUACAUAUUGAAGUGUAAAUGGCAAACUAUGAGGAAUAAGUUAUACACAAAACACCUUUCCCUCCGUUCUUUGUUGUAUUCUCACUCACUCAUCAGAGUGGCAUACUGACAUUGUCAAAAGAAGACAUUUACCUCCUCCAACUGACUAAUACCCUCUUAUCCUUUUUCGGCUUUCCUCCCUUAAAAUUUUCAGCGGAACCACCAUAGGUAUCUUAUACCUUUGGAUCACUGACUUCAAUUUUUUGAUGGUCCAAGGGUAU